AUGCCCGACCCAUUCUUCCAGUCCCAGAAGAAGCGCAAGAGGAACUCUCGCCCACGCCAGCGGGACGAGGACAUCUCCGACAAUGAUGCCGACAACGGCCCUGCCGACCUCGACCUGAUGGACUUUCAGCAGAGCAGGCAGGACGUUGCCAUGGGAGACGAGGAGUACAUUGACGAGAACGAGACCGCCCCUGAGAAGAGAGUGCGGCUGGCAAAGGGAUAUCUUUCCAAAGUGCGAGAUGAAGUUGAGGCUGCCAACGCGGACCAGGACUACGAUGCGGCUGACAUUGACCGGGAGCUCAUUGCUUCGCGGCUCCAAAAGGAUGUAGCCGAAGCAUCUGGCAAAAUCCACCUCUUCUUGGCCGCCCACUUGACCUCCUUGACCUCCCGCCUGCUCCCCACCUCUUCCCACCUUCCGACCCACUCAGCCAUGACAUCGUCAUACAUAUACACCUCCACCAAGCGCGGCUCUGUCAUUCGCCAUGCUACAUCUUCAUUACGCAAAGCCGGGCAGAACUUUGGGCGAGAAUUGGAAGGGAAGGAGGGCGGACACAAGGGGGAGAUCUUGUGUCUGGCCGCGAGCGAAGAUGGAAAGUGGCUGGUCACUGGAGGCGUUGACAAGACUAUCGGCUGCUGGAAUGUCUCGGGAAGAGAGCCCACCUUUGUCACUGCGCUUAAAGGUCACAAAGACGCCGUCACAUCCAUAGCCUUCCCACCACUCAACAACCCUUCAUACCACAUUCUGUCAUCAUCUCUUUCUCGUCACCUUGCCCUCCACUCCCUCUCCACUCUUUCCGUUGUCGACACCUUCUUCGGUCAUCAAGACUCUAUAUCCUCCGUUUCUUCUCUUCAGCCCACAACCGGCGUUACCGCUGGUUCUCGAGACCGCACAUGUAGAUGGUGGAAGGUGGAGGAAGAGGUUCAGCUUGUUUUCCGAGGUGGAGGCAAGACCAGGAUAGGGUUGGACGGGCUGAUGCCAGAGGAAAGAAAGGAGCGACUGGGAGGCGGAUGGACGGAAGGCGUCGAGCCUGAAGCCCCGCAGGAGAAGAAGAACAAACCCAAAGAGUUUGUAGAGGGCUCCAUUGACGUAGUUUGUCAGCUCGACAACUCGCACUUUAUCUCUGGCGGCGACAGCGGCUCUCUCCUUCUUUGGUCAACAGGCAAGAAGAAGCCCAUCUACACGCACGCUUUUGCGCAUGGUAUCGCCCCAUCUCCGUCACCCGAUGCCGAGAAUCCUCUUCCCGAACCGCGAUGGAUCACUUCUGUAGCGGCUCUGAGAGGUACCAACCUCUUUGCGUCUGGUUCGUGGGACGGGGAGAUUAGGUUGUGGGCUUUGGGCGAGGACAUGAAGGGGUUCAAAUCUGUCCCCUUCAGUGUCCCCGUGCGUGGAUUCGUAAACUCUUUGCAGCUGUCUGCUCUUCCUUACGAUACUGUCUCGCAUGACGUCUUGACCGGGGAGGAGCAGGCAAAGAAGCCGCAAAGUGAGAUCAUUCUCACCGCCGCUGUCGGCCAAGAGCCGCGGAUGGGCAGGUGGCUGAGGGAAAAGGAUGUCAAGAAUGGUGUCUUGAUUGCCAGGCUAGAGUUGGACGACGCGGGGAAAGCGAUGAUGAUUUAG